AUGGGGUUUCCUGAAAUGAGACCGUUGGCUGUGAAAAGUCCGGAUGCGAUCAUUCCCCACCAGCUUCCGCACUCACAUUUGCUCUUCCAAGUCAAGAAUCUGACGAACAAGAAUGCUGUACCAGCUCCCAUGCCAACUAAAGCUGAUGCCCAUGGAGUGGAGUGGCCCAAAAUCGGUCGUCUGACACCAUUUUUGUCGUACAGUCCGAUGCGGGGUCCGAGAACAAUGCAGCUGAUGAAAGCUGCGCUACCACCAGUCAUGUGGACCACAGCUGAACCACUGAAGUCCUUGAAUGGUGUAUUUACCAACCAACCUCCGGGUCCCCAGAUCCAAUGCGCCACGACUGGAUACACCAAACCUGGAAUAUUCGUGCGUUUCUCACGUAAAUCUAAGGUGUUCUUCAUCAAGAUGUUGGUGGUGUUCUUGGAACGCACGGAACCAGCUUCCAGGAGCGCGAAUCCCGUCUGCAUGACUGUGGUGAAAUUUUCAAAUCCUCAUCAGUCGGAAGCUAAUGAACACGAACAUCAGCGAAUGAAUACAGAUCACUGGGUGAAACCCGAGGAGGGACUGAUUUCUCGGAAGGAGUCGGGUUGGCAUUUAUACCGGACAUUGCUGAUUUGCUUUUCCGCGCAUAAUGCAGAAUCCGAGGAUGGCCCUCGUUACGUCACUCGUCGCAGCCUGAGUGGAAGAGCUGAAAUAAGAAGUCCGUGUUCCAGUUCUAGGAAGGUCGAGUGA